UGAUUACGCCACUGUCGCCGGUGUGUUCGCUCUUGUCCGCGUACGUAAGGCAGGAAGCGGCGUGGGCACAGCGCAGGCAGCUUCCCUCCCUGUGUCGGUGUCAGCGCCUGCGUCAGAGCAGACGCCAGGAGGGAGUUUUCCACUGACGAAAAAGGCUGCGCUGCUCCGCUCUGUGCUACAGACAAGGGAAGCGCUUCAGCUGCUGCGGACUGACCGAGCAGCGCCGCACACACUCAGCAGACAAUAGCGCCGAGACCCCGUGGAUAUAUGCACACAAACACACACACAGACAAACACACACCAGACCAGACCACCUCGCUGACCGCUGCGUCUGUUCGGAUUACUUCCACCGAACCAUCGGCUUGAUCAACCAACGCUAUUUUGUCACUAAUGCUGAUCGGAUACUUGAAUUGGUGGUGACUGCUCUCACUGACACCAUGAGUGGGCUUCUCAAGAGGAAGUUUGAGGAGGUGGAUGAGGACCCGUGCUACUCCUCGCCCUCGCCCUCCUCCCUCUCCUCCGCCUGCUCAGCCUGGGACUCGGAGGGCGAGAGCUGCUACUCAGACACCCUGGAUUCCACUCCCAGCAACCCCAGCUCCCCGGCAACAAAUUUCAACACAACGUCCAUCCUGAAAAAAGCCAAGAGGCCACGGAGGGGAAACGUGUCCUUCGACCAGGUCACCGUCUUCUUCUUCCCUCGGUGCCAGGGUUUCACCAGCGUUCCCAGUCGAGGAGGAUGUACUCUGGGAAUGAUGCAGCGCCACAGUGCUCUCCGCACCUACACACUGGCGGAGUUUGCUGUGGAGCAGCGACUUCUGCGUCGGGAGAAACUCCUCAACAGGCUCAGGGAGGAGAAGCUGGAGGCUCUGAAGCUAAAGCUAACUAAGAAUGGCACCCAGGAGAGUGAGGAGGCAGAUCACCUGACUGUGGACGACAUCCCAGAGCAGGACAUCGACAUCAGCGGAGCCAACCUGGAGGAGGGCUCCUUUCUCCAACCGUAUCCGUCCAAACGGCGCUACACGCUGCUCAAAGCGGCCGGUGUGAAGAAGAUCGACAAGGAGGAGAAGAGGCAGCUGCACGAGCUGAGGCUGUCCCGAGAGAACUGUGGCUGUGACUGUCAGGGAUUCUGUGAGCCAGAGACGUGUAGCUGCAGCCUCGCUGGCAUCAAAUGUCAGAUGGAUCAUUCUUCUUUCCCGUGCGGCUGCACCAAGGACGGCUGUGGCAACACAGAGGGUCGAAUCGAGUUCAAUUCCACCAGGGUGCACACGCAUUACAUCCACACCAUCAUGAAGCUGGAGCUGGAGAAGAGACUUGAGGAGCAGUCCAGUACCGAGGAGGAGGAGGACACCACGAGAGUGACCUCCUCUGUACCAGCAGUGCCCUCCUUCUCCUUCAGCUCAGAACUUGCCGCAGCCGGAGAGAAUAGCUGCAGCAGCGACAUGACGGAUUUAUCGGACUCCUCGGGUCAGAGUGAGGACUCGGAGGCGGGCGAGAACCCCAGUCAGCAUCAGACUCAUCUGGACAUGGACGAGAAGGGCCUGAGUCGCAUCCUCAGCUUCAAUGAUGCAGAGAGCUGUUCAAGAAGUAGCAAAGACGGUGAGGAGAAGAACUGUAAAGACUGCCUGAGUCAAAGACAGGAGCAGCAGCAGCUGGGCGCUGAGGUGGCCUUCAGCAGCUUCAGCAUGGUGGAUUUCACCAACGAGAACGACAGUAUAGACGUCGCACUGUUGGGCGAUCACACGGACAAUCGAGCCACAGCCAUUUCUGAACUUUUGGACGAAAACGCCAACCAGGGCAACGGUCUGUUCCACAGCAACAGCGGUGUCCCACACACCCCCUCCCCCACUGUCGAUCGCUCGGCGAGCUACAGCAUGGACCUGAGCCUAUCAUCGGAGUCGGACCUUGAAUUUUUCGACGGGUUUCCCUGUCUGGGCUCCAGCUCGCUCUACAACUCCCUGAAGGAGUACGAACACAUGGACAACUCUUUCCAUUUUCAGUUGCCUACGUAUCCCAGCUUCCCCAUGGCCAGUGAUCCAGGCACCUGCUUCCUGGAGUCACUGAUCGGCCUCUCAGAGUCUGUCCCUGAGCCCCCCGCUACCUUUACGGACAAUCAGCUGUUGGAGGAAGCCAUGAAGUUGUCUGUGAUGGAGUCUGUGAAAGUCUGA